UCUGAUUGGAUAGAUGAAACUGUCAUAGUGACGUCAGAUCUUUGUUGUGUUGUGACGUCAUACUUCUUGUAUAGAUUCAUAGUUUAGCAGAUUUCCACGAUGGCUGGGCCUAUCAUUAGACAUACAAAUCAAUAUCCCGAUGCAUACUGGGACGUAAGUUACUACGUUCCUCCCCAUCAAUACACUCCUGCCGAGAUUGAAAUGUACUUAAUCAGCCCCAGACCCCAAUUCCCCCCUCACGAGCCACCAAGACCAGUUCGUGAAUUCUUAAUCGUAUCAAAUUUGGAUGAUUGGUUUGAAGACAUCCUUGAUGAAGCAGAGGAGGAAAUUGUCAUCGAAGCUAUUGCUGAUCCCAUCGCCCACAGGGAUAUUGUUACGGCAUUUUUCAAUGCCACAAAUAUAGAAUAUCCAAAAAAGAAAAAGACAUCAUGGAUAAGGAGGGGCGUUAACUUCUUAAGGAGAGCAAUGGCCCCCUUAAGAAGACGUUGAAUUAAAAAAGGACAUCAAGCACAGAAUGAUGGCUCGAGGGCUCGGAGGAGUAAGU